CCUGUUUUCAUUCAAUCAAGUCUGUCUCAUAUCGGAGAACAUAUUGACCAAUCAGAACGCAGCUAUGAUAGUCCAAUCCAAGAUCUUUAACACAAUCAACAAAUAAGAUGAAGCCUUUCAUUUCGGAACCAGGAAGUGUGUAAGAAAUCCAUUGUUGGCACCACAUGUCCAUUGAAAGCUUGUGGCCUGUGUUGUUGUCAUCAGGGAACUUUGUCCUGUGACAGUGACCCUCUGUGUAGUGAUUUAAAUCUCACAAUACAGUUGCUGUGACUUGGGACACUCUGGCAUAUUCUGCAGCACUUGCACAGUUGGACUGCUGUGGGGGGUUCAGUAAUUUGGAUUAUUCUAAGAUCAAUUCAUCCAUAAUGGCAGGGCUGUUGUUUAAUGUGGAAUUAACGAAUCCCAGCUUUGUUAUUGCUGUGCUCUGCAUAAUCUUUAAUCCUUUGUUCUGGAAUGUGGUGGCAAGAUGGGAGCAUCGGACACGUUGUAUUACUAGGCUCUUUGGAUCUCCCUUUGUUGGAUGCUACUUUGUAGGAGCUUUGCUCAUCUUCUUAGCAAUCUUUAGAAGCCAUUGUUUUACAGAAGCCAUGAAGAGUCAACCUCAUCUGGAGGCCCUGGAGACCCCUACAGCGUAUUACCUGGGUAUGAUAUUGGUUGGAGCCGGAUUCGUACUUGUGACCUCCAGUUUCCUUGCUUUGGGAUUUGUUGGGACAUAUUUGGGUGAUUAUUUUGGAAUUUUGAUGGAAAAGAAAGUGACCGGCUUCCCUUUCAACGUAAUGGAAAACCCUAUGUACUGGGGUAGCACAGCCAAUUACCUGGGAUGGGCCCUCUUAAACGCAAGCCCAACAGGUCUCAUACUCACAGCAAUCGUGGCUUUCACAUACAAGGUCGCCAUAAUGCUUGAGGGGCCAUUUACAGAGAAAAUCUACCAAAACAAAGAAGACUCAAGAAAGCGUAAAUGAGUAUUACACCAGUCCGACUUGGAAACUACAAAAUAUAGGAAACAACUUCUGAAUUUUAUACAAAUUUGUGUAUGGGAGAUGACUGUAGAAUCUAACUUGCUUAAAGGGACAUAAAAAGUAUAAUUUUAAUAACUGGUCCCAGCAUAUAAUUUUAAACUUUGCAGAAUAAAAUAUUUUUUAAAAGUC